AUGAAGGUAAGGUUCAUCCUUCUUCUAUUUCAUUAUGCAUCGGGAACCUAUAUCGGAUAUAAGUCUACUUUUAAUUUCCUUCUAGUAGGUACCAUAAAUUUAAAUGAAAAGAGAGCCGGCAGAGAUAUUAAUGACUCUACAUGGUUGGACCCAGUUUCAAACUUACAAGACAAUAGAAUAGAACAUUGGUGGAAUUCGGAAGAAGAAAGAAUUAUGGGUGAAUUACGAAGCGUUGGUAAAACUGAACCAAUCUCGUUAUAA